AUGGGAAAAAUUCCUACAAAAACCAUAGAUCCAUUUGGGAAGAACCAUGUAAUUCAGAAAUUCGACUCCUGUGACUUCACCCCAAUAUAUGACUGGCAUCAAAAUGAAAAGGAGAAGAAGAAACAAAUGAGUUCAGAGGAGAAGAAGACAUUGAGGGAAAAGAAAUUGAAACAAGAGGAGAAGUAUAUGUGGGCUGUUGUUGAUGGUGAGAAGAAGACCUUAAGGGAAGAGAAAUUAAAACAAGAGGAGAAGUGUAUGUGGGCUGUUAUUGAUGGUGUAAAAGAGAAGAUAUUGAUGAUUUACUGUGAUGCAUAUAUUGGCGUCUUGCAUUUUUCUAAUCUCUGGAAUGAUCCAAUCAAUUCAAAAGAAUUCAAGUACAUGUUUCUGGCAGCUAGUAGUUCCUUGAAAGGACAAAGUGAUAAGAAGAAAUAUGAGAAAGCAAGGAUGCUAAAGGAAUACAUAAAAAACAUUGAGGCAGCAUACACUAAGAAUUUUACUAGCAAAGAUGUCACAAAGAGACAAAUAGCAGUUGCUACCUAUCUUAUUGAUAAACUUGCUCUGAGGGCUGGCAAUGAGAAGGAUGAUGACGAAGCUGAUACUAUUGGUUUUUGUACACUAAAAGUAGAGAAUGUAAAAGCAAUUGGCCUAAACAUGUUGGAAUUCCAAGCUGGGAAACAAGGCAGUGAUGAUCUCUUUGACAAGCUGGAUACAGGUAAACUGAAUGCACAUCUAAAGGAACUCAUGCCUAGCCUUACAGCAAAAGUUUUUCAUACAUAUAAUGCAUCUAUAACGUUGGAUGAUAUGUUGAAUAGGGAAACUCAAGAUGGGGAUAUUACAAAAAGAAAUUACUAUGAGCAUGCUAACAAAAAGGUGAUGACAGUUUCUCUGGUUGCUAUCAUCUGCAAUCAUCAGCAUACUAUAUCCAAAUCUCACAAUGCACAAAUGUCAAGGUUAAUGGAGAAACUUGGUGAACUUCAGACUGCUGUUUUUCAAGUGCCUCCACCUGCAAGUCAUGCAGAAAGACUAGAGAAGUUCGAUGAGGCUAAUUUCAGGAGGUGGCAGGGGAAAAUGCUGUUCUACUUUACUACUUUGAGACUUGCGAGGUUCCUAACUGAGGAUGCACCACCAAGUGAUGAAGAGAGUGACAAAGAAACAUUGAUGGCAGUGAAUGCAUGGAAGAAUUCCGAUUACUUAUAUUGA